UACCUCGCACUCAGUUACGUAUGGGGCGGGGACCAAAUCCACAAGACCACGAAAUCGAACAUAUUCACAUACGAACAAGGCAUUCCGCCUUCCCUUCUCCCCGCUACCAUCCGCGACGCCAUUCGUGUCACACACAUGUUGGGCUUCCGGCUACUCUGGGUCGAUAGCCUCUGCAUCAUCCAGGACUCCGAAGAGGACAAACUCCACGAAAUCGGCCAUAUGCAUAACAUCUACCGCUACGCACAUUUGACGAUUAUGGCCGGCAGCGCGGAAGGAGCCAGCAAGGGCUUUCUCCACAGGCGACCUCCCCCAGAACACGACAUUGCCCUCCCCUUCAUCUUCCUUCCCCAUCAUCUGACCUCUGUAUGGUGCUGGGAUGGCAGUUUGGUAACCCAGUCGCAGGUUGGUCAAGUCUACUUCGCUUCGAUUUCGUCGACUCGGAAAUCGUACAAUGACGAACUCGGGCGCAUGGCCACGCGAGCCUGGUGCCUACAGGAGUACCUGUUGUCCCCACGUACCCUUCUCUUCACCCCCAGGACAGUCCUAUCCAGGUGCCUUACCGCUACGCAGGCGGUUGGAAACGAUUCACCUUGCUUCAUCGUCGACGAUCUCCAGCUACCGAAGACGCUCUUCCUCCGAGACCCGCCCGUAGCGGAACCAGGUUCCAAGGAGUGGAAGGACAUGCGCACAGCCUGGAUGAAGGUUGUCGAAGAUUACAGCGGCCGCACCGUUGGCGUCGAGUCUGACAAGCUCGUUGCGUGCGCGGCCGUCGCGGAGCAAUUCCGCCGUGCCCUGGACUCGGCAUACUUGGCCGGUUUGUGGAGCUCGGAUAUGUUCCUCGUCGACCUCCUAUGGGAGACUGUCAAGGACUCGCCGAACGGGGCGACACGCCAACAUACGCGCCCCAGAACGUACCGUGCGCCGUCAUGGUCAUGGGCAGCGGUCGACGGCGUCGUCCGCCAGUGUCCCCAUGCUUCGUAUCUGGAAGACACCCAAACUGCCGCUCUCGUCAACAUCAUGGAGUGCGGGGUCGUACUCGAAGAUGCUGCGCUUCCGUUCGGUCGAGUAUUGGAUGGUGCCCUCUGGUUGCGC